AUGCUCUUUUCAUUAUUCUCUUCUGCACACCAGGUUGCAUGCGCCUGGAAGCAGAACGAGCGGCAGUCAAAGAUUGCCUCUCUGCCAGCUAUUUAUUCUACACCACUCUCCUCGUCCGAGGAGAAAAUCCACGCUCUUUCAAUCUCCCAGCUCGUAUCUCAAUGCCAGUCGGGUACAAUUGCACCCUCUGCCAUCAUGAUGGCAUAUGCAAAGAAGACCCUCCUCGCUCAACAAGCGACUAAUUGUAUUACUGAUAUCAUGUUUGAGGAGGCGUUACUUACGCCUCCCAUCGCCAACUGGGCCCCUGGAGUCGAUUCGGAGUCCGGUAAUGAUUACGCCGUUCGCGAACGCUCCCUCCUAGGCGUCCCUGUUAGUAUUAAAGACACCGUUGAUAUUGAAGGCCACGAUUCCACGAUCGGAUUUUCGAGGAACGUCCGACACCCUGCAGAAUCUUCAUCAGCUAUAGUACGUCUGCUGCAGGACGCUGGUGCCCUGGUUCAUGCAAAGACUACUGUUCCAACAGGCCUUAUUGCCAUCGAGACUGUCUCCGAUGUUUACGGCCGUACUACAAAUCCCCACAGCCCCAAUCAUAGCGCCGGUGCAUCGACAGGAGGUGGGGGAGCACUCGUGGCUUGUGGCGGGAGUAAAAUCGAGAUCGGAACCGACUUGGCUGGAAGUGUUAGGAUGCCAGCGCACUUUUGUGGAGUAUGGGCACUGAAAGGAAGCUCCGGAAGGUUUCCAUCGUGGGGGACUAGAUCGUCGAUGAUGGGUUUGGAGUCGAUUCCGAUUGUUGCGUCUCCUCUCGCGGGAAAUCUUGCCGACUUGCGCGAGUUUUGGAAACGGGUUGUCUUGGCUGAACCAUGGCGGUAUGAUCAUACGUGUAUACCCCUUCCAUGGCAAGAAAUCAAUCUUCAAGAUGAGGGACGCAAAUUGAAAUGGGGAGUUGUUCGUGAUGAUUCUUCGCUUCCUUUAACUCCCGCUUGCAAGCGAGCCCUUUCCAUGGUUAUCUCUGCCCUGAAGAAGCAGGGUCAUGAAGUUGUCGACUUCCAUCCCCCUGAUAUGGCAGAGGGCCUGGAUAUUGGCAAUCAACUUCUUUUCUCCGAUGGAGGCCAACAACUUCGUAGUGGUCUAACUCCUGGCGACAGCGUUACCCCUGCCACCAAGGCUGUUCUAGAUCUAUUCAAUAUCCCAAAGCUCAUUAAGAAGAUUCUUGCGUACUUUAUACGCUCCAGCGAUCCGGCUUCCAGUAAACUCUUGAACACCAUGCAUACAAAGACAGUGGUGGAAGAUCGGAAUAAUGUUGCCGCCAGAGAUAUCUAUAGGGCCAAGUGGCACAAGAAAUGGACGGAAGAGGGGCUUGAUUUCCUUUUAACCUCACCUAUGCCGACGCCAGCUAUUGAAAACGGCUCAUCGACGAAGACUUCUCUUAUGAGCGCCGGAUAUCUUUUUUUGUUCAGUCUGCUUGAUUACACUGCUGGUGUAUUGCCAGUAACAACUGUCGAUAAAGCAUUGGAUCGACUUCCUGAUAAUUUUACUACCUCUGAUGAGUACAUGCGCUUCUCACCGGUCGCUAAGGUUGCCAACUCCGUUUACGACGCCGACAAAAUGCACGGGCUUCCCUUAGGCGUUCAAGUCGUAGGAAGAAGACUUGAGGAAGAAAAGGUACUGGAAGGUAUGCAAGUGAUAGAAAACGCAUUGCGCGAACAAGGGUCGGUCUUCGUCGCAGAUGUUAAACUAUAA